CAGCAUCGCACGCAUUCGGAUUUUCCGGAAAAUCUGGCUGAUCUUACGUCGCGAAGUUCGUAUAUUUUUUGGAUUAAGUUGGCGCGUUUUUAUUACCCGUCGAAUCAGGCAGCACAAAAAAAUACGUCUCAUCAUUCCCGGGUGUGUGUAGACACCAACUUUGACUAAUGAAUAAAAGUAGACAGUGCAAAAAGAAAUUCCAGUUCGAGUUUGAGUUCGACUUCGACUUCGAGUUUGAGCAGAAGUCAAAGCCAGAGGAGCAGGCGUCAAAGGAAAAGUUCUAAGGAGGCGCCAGAGGAAUCCACUGCCAGCCCAAGGCCCAAAGAUGCUGGCACAAUUGAGCUGGCUUUUGGCCUGUUUCGGCCUGGCCCAGGCGCGCAUUGGAUAUUUCUGGCACAUAAGUGACCUGCACUUAGACACCUUUUACUCCACCGAGGGCGACAUUUACAAAAGCUGCUGGCAGCUGGCCCGCUCUGUGCCUGGAUCAAGCUCCAAUACGGUGCCAGAGGCACCUGGUCACUUUGGGAACUACAACUGCGACAGUCCAUGGAGCUUGAUUGAGUCGGCAGUAAAGACCAUGAAGGCCAAGCAGGGUGACAAUGUGGAGUUUGUUCUGUGGACCGGCGAUGCUCUGUCCCACUCCGCCCAGCCGUUGUCCGAGCAGAAGCAGCAUGAGAUCCUGCGAAAUAUUACAGAUCUGCUGGGUCGCAGCUUCUCCUCGCAGUUCAUCUUUCCGGUUUUGGGCCACGAGGAUGGAAGUGGUAGUUACCAAAGAUUGGGGGAGUUGUGGCGCCACUGGUUACCCUCCGAGGCAUUGGUGACCUUCGAUCAGGGCGGUUACUAUUCCAUUGAGCAGACCAAGAGUCGGCUAAGGAUAGUGGCUCUUAAUACGAACUUUAUGCGUCUAGAUCCUGACCCAGAUCCAAGGGCAUCCCUGAGUCUACGCUGGCCUGCUGAGUAUUUUGGAGAGCCCAAGGCCUCGGUGAGCUCCACCACGGGAGACGAUGAACUCCUGGCCGAGCAGCAGUGGUUGUGGCUGGAGGAGGUGCUCACCAAGUCCAGGGAUAAACAGGAAACGGUUUACAUUGUGGGACACAUGCCGCCCGGAGUGGAUGAGCGUCACCUGGGUCCCCAGCAGCACAACCAGCUGAUUUUUACAGAGCGAAACAAUCGAAGGUACCUGGAGAUGGUUCGCAAGUUUGCCUCGGUCAUACAGGGUCAGUUCUUUGGUCACCUGCACUCGGACACCUUCCGUUUGAUUUACGAUGCCAAGGGCAAUCCCAUUUCAUGGCUGAUGAUUGCCCCCUCGGUUGUGCCCCGCAAGGCGGGCAUUGGUUCGUCGAACAAUCCCGCCCUGCGGCUCUACAAGUUCGACACGGGCAGUGGCCAGGUGCUGGACUACACGCAGUUCUGGCUGGAUCUGCCGCUGGCCAACCGGGCCCAUGAGCCCACAUGGCAGCCGGAGUACAAUCUCACCCACUACUAUGCCCUGCCAGAGAUCUCCGCCGGAGCGCUGCACAAUUUCGCCGAGCGUUUCACGGGCACCGACCUCUCCUGGUUCACCAGAUAUCACCGAGCCAACGCCGUGCGGUAUCAGUCCGGUGCGGCCUGCCAGGGCCUCUGCAUGCUCAAUCAUUACUGCGCCAUCACGCGCCUCGACUACGAUGAGUUCCGGCUCUGCCUGGAGAAGGAGCAGCUGCCGCUGCAAGGACGAGCCCCCGGACUCGGCUACUCCGCGUUUCCUGCAUCCUGGAGCUGGCUACUAGCUGUUUUUUAUGGCCUGCGUGGCAUAUCCGGGCUACUGGUGGCAUGGUGGGGCGGCGGGCGAUGCAACAAUUGCCACAACCAGCGAAUUUAAGCGUUCCCGCUUAAGCGGAACCAUAUCAAAAUGUGGGGCGGGUUUGAGCCCCAGGAUG